AAUAUUAGAUGUAUUAAUCGUAAUCUUAGUGCGUCACUGCAAAAAGAAGAGAAUCUUGAUGAAGAUAUAUUGGAGUGGAGUCAAGGUAGCAUUAAAUUGUUUGGUAAAUUUAUGUUGGAGCGAAUCUCCAAACAUAGUAUUAAAUAA